ACGCAAAUUAUUUGUACUUUUUCCUUAUUCACCAAAACGGCGUCGUUUUGAUUUGGGGGGAAACAGCACAACACGUCGAACUACCCUCCCUCACUCAAAACCCUCGACGCUCACUCCCUCUCUCACAUCGCAAGCCAGCCACCGCCUCCACUGGUGGCACUGUCAUAAUCCGGCGCGAAGUUGCCCCCUCAACGUGGGAGAGUGUCGCUGAAGAAGUUGUUUCGGGUACGGCUAAGAGAUUUCUGGGAAUCUCAUCCUGAGGAAUGCCAGCACACAAACCAGUUGUUGGGUUAUCAUGGCAACCACAGUUGCCUAUUCCAUCAUCAUUCAAAGCCACUGAUGGGUCUCAUACCAAACCUCAAACUGAGGCAUCAAGCAGCACUGUUAGGAAAUCCAGUUCAGAACUGGUUGAUGGCCUUUUCGUCCCUCCAAACGAUCCCAGAAAAUUAAACAAGUUACUGAGAAAGCAAGCUAAAGAUACUGCUGGGAAAAAUUGGUUCAAUAUGCCGGCCCAAACCAUCACCCCUGAGUUGCAGAAAGAUUUGAAGUUAUUAAAGUUGAGGGCUGCCCUUGAUCCAAAGCGGCACUACAAGAAAGGUGAUUCCAAAUCGAAGACACUUCCCAAAUAUUUCCAGGUUGGAACAGUUGUAGAUUCUCCGUUGGACUUUUUCUCAGGCAGAUUAACAAAGAAGGAGAGGAAAGCAACGCUUGCAGAUGAGCUGCUUUCUGAUCAAAACCUUGCAGCCUAUAGGAAGCGGAAGGUUCGAGAAAUUGAAGAACAAAAUCGACCAGCUGGGAAUGAAAAGUGGAAGAUUAAGGGUAGCAAUUCCCGGAAGCGGGCUAAGGAAAGGAGGAUUUACUGAAUUUCUACUCAUUUUAGCUGUGGGCGCAGAUUAUAAUGCUUUUUGCAGUUUAGAAUUAUUACAGGUUAUAUGAAAAUAUCUUAGCUGUAAAACCUAUUGAUGCUGUGUGUUCUUCUAUCGUGUUUGACCAAUCUCUUUAAACUCUUCUGCUUGGGUUUUUCAUACUUGGACCACAUUAUAAAAUUUAGGGGAAAUUGCACUCACCUCUCCAGAGGUCCUUUCAAA